AAAAGUUAAAUAAAUUAGACUUGUAUAUUACGUGCCUACUUAUUGAAAGCAUAUUCAAAAUGGCGCCCAAAGAUUAUCACAGCACCCUACCGUUUGCUGAUCCAGAUAAAUGGCUCAUUGCUGUUAUGUUUGCACAUCCUUUGUUUGUUUUAGACAAAAACUACAUGAAAUAAGCAAAACAAGGUGAACUGCCUAAUCUAAAUUGGAAAUUUAAUCGAUUAAUAUUGUAAACACCUUAACGAUUUGCCCCAAUGCAAUGCUCAUGGUGUUUUAUUAUAGUAAAGUUUGGCUUUGGAACAAAACGGUGAAUAUCCGCCAUUUUGAUUUUGCCCAAUGUGAAUGUGUGGUUUCUUCUUUAAAGAACCCAUCCACACAGCACGUAUUUUUGAUGGUGCUGCUUUAAUUUGUGGUCGUACCUUAAGCAGGUCUUUUUCGACGUCACGAGUUCUAAGUAUUGAUCUAAAUAUCUACGUGCCUUCCGCCCUUGGAACUGACCUAAUUUUGGCAUCAUGUCAUAUUUUCAGUCCUCUGGCGCGUGAGAGGCGUCCCUGGUCAUGUGACUUCUCCGCCUCCCCCUCUUCACUCCAUCCUUCCAUUCCCUAACCCGCUACCUUCUCCGCUAGCCGGAGCUCGCGCCACGAGGAAGGCGACAGACAUGCUUAAAUUCUGCCGUACUUGAGCAAUGGCCACGGACACAAAAGACGCAAAAUGGAGUAGGGGGGCAGUGGCGACAACGCCCAAGGAUUCGACCCCACCUCCAGUCAAAACUAAAAGUGACCUUAAAUCGGCCACCAGGGGAGACGCGACCAGCCCCGCCAACGCCCCCCAGGUGAAGGUGAAGGCGGAGAACGGUGCCACGCCGGCAAGUCACUGCAAGGUAGAGGUGCCACAGCCUCGCCCCUCAGAUCACGACAGUAAGGGCAACAAGGCGGUUCCAGCCAACGUUAAAGGCAAAGGCGGAGGCAGUUCCAAUCCCCAGGGUCCAGAGGGGGUGCAACCUUAUCCCAGCGGUCACAACCCAGCGCUGUUACAGACGGAGGAAGUGGAAGGCUUUUUUAACAGCCUGAAUUCUCCACACGCGACGGCCGUUGUUGGUGCCGAACCGACGCCAGUGGUGACCAGCUCCUUCUCCUCGAGCAACUUGGCCACUUUGACUAACUCCCCGAUGACAGGGGUGCACCAAUACAGCAACUCCCCACAGCCACACACCCCAACCAACGCGGCUAUGCUGUCCAGCGGCUCUUAUUCCGCAGGGUACUACGACGCCGGGGGACAGGGGGUGUACGCCUCGCGCGGACUGUACGUUCCCUCGCCUCGUGCGUACAGUCAGUACGCCUCCCCUCACGAAGCCAGCACCUGGCAUCAGGGAGAAGGCUACAGCUCCCCGGGGAACGCCGGUGGAAGGUACCCGUAUGGCCCACACAUGGACCCCAACGCCAGAUCAUCCGCGGACAUGGCCAAAUAUCCCGAGGCGACGUAUAGUAGUGGCCCCACCGCUGCUCACCGCACGCCUGAGAACCUCUACACGUCUAAAAUGGCCGGGUAUCAGAUCUAUAUGACUCCCCCCGACAUGUCGCCGUGGACGGCAGCUCUCAGUGGACCUUCCCAAGGGGCCGCCAAUGGCGCCGAGUCGACCAUGUUGGAGGACAGACGGGAAAGCGAGAGUGACGAGUACGCCGAGUAUUCCACUGAGCCCAGGGAGUGUGUGAACUGCGGUGCUAUCCAGACCCCAUUAUGGCGGCGUGACGGCACCGGACACUAUCUUUGCAACGCCUGCGGACUCUACCACAAAAUGAGAACGGUAAAUAACGGCCUCACUAGCCCGAUGUUGAAGUCGUCCAGCCCCAGCCAGUUACACCCGCUGCCCAGUGGGUACCUAACUCCGACCACCCAGCCAGGCGGGGUGAUGCCCAACAGCCUGCCCUCCACUGUGGACGACAUGGGGCAGAACUCCCAGGCCUAUAACAAG